AUGUCUAUAGCAAGAUUCAGUUCGAUAUUGGUCAGAUCUACACCAUGGAAGUGUGGAUGCCGGGCAACUGGGCAUAUUCGUCUGAUUAGCCUUACUACAGUUGAUAACAGACAAAGAAAGAGAUCAAAACUGAUAGUUCCGGUAGUAAUAAAGCAAAUCAAGUCGAAAAAGGAAGUUGUGGAGUUUUAUUCGGAUAUGAACUUGAGGUAACAGAUUUACUUUAUAUCUUAUUUUACGUUUAGAGAAGCCGCUGAAGCACUGAACGAAUAUUAUGAAAACGUGCUUGAAGAUGUUGUCGAGAGAAAUCCGGACUUGAUAGAGCUGAAAGAGAACGAAAGUGGGUUUUAAUUUAUGUUUUUCAUAACUUAGGUAUGAAAAUGUCUAUUUUUUGACAUUAUUGUUUUUGUUUGAGGUGUGGACAAGCGAGUAUUAAUGGAGCUAGCUUCAUCUUUUAACGUAAAACCUCGAUGGGUUCAUCGACCAAGUGAAAAGAAAGCGUUAGAAGAGUUGGUAAAAGAAGAAGUUGAUAUAUUUCCACAACCUCCACCACCUGAAAAGGACCUGCUGCCUAGAGCUCCAGUUGUAACGAUUAUGGGACACGUAGAUCACGGAAAGACAACAUUGUUAGAUUCUUUGAGGAACUCUCGAAUCACGGCCAACGAAUUUGGGGGUAUUACUCAACACAUCGGCGCUUUUUCUGGUAAUUUUAAAGCUUAAUGGCUUUAAAUAGAUUAUAACUUUAAUUUUCUCUUAUUUGUACUUACUUUAUUUAUUCUAGUUGUGCUACCUCAUUCUUCCAAAAAGGUAACGUUUAUUGAUACUCCUGGCCAUGCUGCUUUCAAGUCGAUGCGGUCUCGUGGUGCCCACUCAACUGAUCUUGUAGUACUGGUAGUAGCUGCUGAUGACGGAGCGAACGAACAGACCGUAGAAUCUAUAAAAUAUAUCAGAGAAGCUGAUGUGCCAUUUGUUGUGGCCAUAAACAAGAUUGACAAACCGAAUGCUGAUGUAGAGAAAGCAAAGCGAUCUCUGAUGCAGUACGAAGUUGUAGUAGAGAGUAUGGGUGGAGAUAUUCCUGUGGUGGAGAUCUCAGCUCUCAGGGGAACAAACUUGGAUAAGUUGCAGGUGGGUUAGAUUGGAGGAUGUGUCAGUUUAAUUUACUAAUUUAGGAGUUACUAGUUGAACAAGCUGAACUAAUGGAACUGAAGGCGACUCCUAAAGGUCUUUCUGAAGGUGUUAUCAUUGAAUCAGAGACAUCACAAGGUAACUGCCUAGGAAUUGCAUUUUAAACUAAUUAUUAAUACUAUUUACAUAUAUAUUUAUUUUUUGUAUCGUAGCUUAGAAGUACCAUUUUAGGUCUUGGAAAGAUGUGUACUGUAAUCGUAAACCGAGGAACGUUGAAGAGGAACUCUGUUUUAGUAGCCGGAAACACUUGGGGAAAAGUUAAAACAAUGACAGAUGAAUUUGGGAGGAAUGUUAAGGAGGCUGGGCCAAGUACUCCAGUUAAAGUAUCAGGUAUGCUUAGCACUUUAAGUUUCUAACAAGUGAAUAUAACGUUAAAAAUUGAUCUAGCUGUGUUCUCUUUAAUUAUGUACUAUGUUUUCUGACUUUAUAACUUUUAAGGCUGGCGAGAAGGUUUACCGAGUCCAGGUGAUACUGUACUGGAGGUUGAAAGUGAGGCACGUGCUGCAAAGGUGGUAAAAUUUAGGACGGAUAAGCUGAAAGCAGAAGAAGCCGAAAAAGCAUAUGUAGGUUAAUUUUCCAGUUGUUGUUUAGAAGUUUUACUAUGAUUAAUGGGCUUAUAAGUUGAAGUAACAUACGUAUAUAUAACUGAUAUUUUCAAGCAUCGUAUCUUCAGGAAUCAAUAGAAAUGGAACGAGAAGAAGCUCGCAAGCUAUACCUGGAAAAUCGACAGAAGUUAGUGGAUCGCGGAAUCAGGUAUGGCUCCACAUUACGAAAAGUGUACCAUAAAGAGAACAAGUUGAGGAAGGAAGAUGGGAAGCGAGAGAAGCCCUACCUGCCAAUCAUUAUCAGAGCUGACGUCGAUGGAAGCCUGGAGGCUAUUCUGAAUGUUCUGGAGACAUAUGAUGGUAAAGAAGUCGACCUACAGAUUGUAGACGCUGCUGUUGGAGCACCCAAUGUCGAACUGGUCGAAGUGGCGGCUGAGUUUGAGGGUAGGGUAGUUAUCUAUGGUUGUUUUAAGAAUUUUAUAAAAGAAAGUUCUAAUUCUGUUAUCGUAUUUUAACUAUAUUAACUAUAUGCAUAGUCACUUUCUAAAUAUAAAUUAUACAUCUUAGAUUUUACAGCCAAAGUAAUAUGCUUCAACGUUCAAAUUCCUGCGAAAGUUCAGGUCGAAGCGGCGAAUAAACAAGUGGCUUUGGAACACUAUAACGUCAUCUAUCGGCUGGUCGAUGCUAUGAAGACUGAAUUGAAUGAAACGUACGGUCCAGUGGAAGAAAUGAAGCUGAUUGGCGAAGGUCACGUUCUCAAACAGUUCCUGAUAAGAGACAAGCACGGGAAGAAGCGGCCAAUUGGAGGAACGAUGGUCGAUUGGGGAAUAUUUCCAAAGUAGGUUGUAAAAUACGACAAACUGAAUACUUACUAUAGUCUGGAAGUUUUAUUUUUUUAAUCUUAAGUUAGUACAGUUUCGUUUAUUUUUUAUUAAAGUUGACGCCCAGAAUGUUAGCUAACUCUAAUUUGCGUUACAGAACGGGCACAUUCCGAAUUGUCCGAUCCAAGACUUCAGAGGUCGUGUUUGAAGGACCGGUCGAAUCUCUAAAGCAAGGAAAUGAAUUUGUAAACGAAGCCAACACCAACACAGAAGUCGGGAUCGCUCUCGAGAACACGGCCAUCAAGUUCCAGCCAGAUGACAUUGUGGAAGUGUACGAGACCGUGAUGACACCGAGAGAAGUCAACUGGAACCCACCUGGAUUCUGA